AAAAUGGCGGCUCGAGUGGCCGAGCGAACUCCGUGACCGAGUUUGAUCGCAGGGACUGCCUUGUCGAUUAUAUAUAUAUAUCAAAAAAAUGUCCUCGUCCGGCGGGAACAUAAACGCGAAGGUGUCCAGGCUGCUGAGCAGGAGUCGCGGGAGGCCGGUGCUCAAACCCAACAAACCGCUGGUUCUGGCCAACAGGGUCGCCAACAGGCGGCUGGGGCUGGGAGAGGCAACGUGCAUUACGGAGAUGUCAGUUAUGAUGGCAUGUUGGAAAGAAAAUAACUUCAGUGAAGUUGUCUGUGCCAAGGAGAUACAGAAUUUUUAUGGCUGUGCAGCAAAAGCAGAGGCUCAGAGGAAAGCAAAAGCCAGGGAGGACAACUUGGAACAAGCUGGAACUUUGAGCCCCAAACAAGCAACAAUUUUGCUCCAAAGAUAUCCAAAUAUAACAAAAGAAACAUAAACACAGUUGUUGGGAACACGCAGCAGAUCAGGCAGCAUCCAUGGAGAGAGGGAAAUGAGUCAACAUUUCAGGUCUCUGACCUGUCAUCAGAACCAAUGAAAUAUAGUACUGUUUUUGUCAUGAGGAAGAACUAUUAAGUUUCUCAAGAUUGUUUUCUCUCUUUGUUCACCUAACUGACUUUUAUCUGAAUAAUAAAUAUUAUAGUUGUAAAUAUUUGGGGGUCUGCACACAUUUAACGCAUGAUACAUUAACAACAGGAAAAAGCUCUCAGUAAGAGGCAAUGCUAACUAUGUUUCUUUCGAUGUCAUGGCUUUCAAAUGUGUUAAUUCUCAUUGAAUUGAAAACAGUCUCAAUUAUUUCAGUUGUAUGAAUACAUUGAUUAAAAUCAUUCUUCCACCUAAGUUGUUUAUGUGAAAAUUGUUUGUGAUCUUUUGUGCUAUUUCACAAUUAUUUUCAAACCACUGCUGUGCAUCCUUCCAACCCACAAAUACAUUAAAGUUGACUGUUUCU